UGGGAGCGAGCGGGACGCUGAGGGAAGAAAAAGAAGUGAGAAGACGAGCUCCGUUUGCUCGCUGUGCCAGUGCGCAGACAAUUACGCACGCUUGCCACUUUGGUUGCUCCAGCGCGGACUUUUUGUGCCUCUUGUGGAAAUGGAGCCGCAUUCUUGAGUCAGUCUCAAGAAGGCAUUUGUUCUCACUAGUUGAUGAGAGCAGUGAGAGCCGCUCAGGCUCCGUUUCCUGUGUUUGCCAGCGCGUUGCAGCUGGGCUGAAGAAGCCCCGCAGGGCUGCCUGAGCACCGGUCCUCCUCCUCCUCCUCCGCUUGAAGCCCCACAGCCAGCCCGCUGCCAAAGUCGGUGGGAGAGAGAGAAAAAGAUAAUAAUGUGCGACCUGAUGCCAGCCUCUCAGCCCCCGGAGAAAAUGGGCAAAAUGAAAAAGUUGAGGAGAACUUUGUCAGAGAGUUUCCGGAGUAUCGCUUUCAAGAAAGAGGACAGCAGCUUUGAUGAGAUAUGUGUCACAAAGAUGUCCACACGCAGCUGCCAGGGAACAGACUCUGUCAUCAAGCCCCUGGACACCAUCCCUGAAGACAAGAAAGUGAGAGUUCAGCGCACGCAGAGUGGCUUCGACCCGUUUGAGAAGCCCGCCAGUCAGGUGAAAAGGGUCCACUCUGAGAACAAUGCCUGCAUCAACGCCAAGAGCUCAACUGCUGGCAAAGAGUCCCCCAAAUUGCGCCGCCACUCCAGCCCUAGUUCUCCCACCAGCCCCAAAUUUGGAAAGGCAGAUUCCUAUGAAAAGCUGGAGAAACUGGGAGAGGGUUCAUAUGCUACAGUUUACAAAGGAAAGAGCAAGGUGAAUGGAAAACUAGUGGCUUUGAAGGUGAUUCGACUACAAGAAGAAGAAGGAACACCCUUCACAGCCAUAAGGGAAGCAUCUCUUCUGAAAGGCCUGAAGCAUGCUAACAUUGUCCUCCUUCAUGACAUCAUCCACACCAAGGAAACCCUAACUCUGGUUUUUGAAUAUGUGCACACAGACCUGUGUCAGUAUAUGGACAAACACCCUGGAGGACUGCAUCCAGACAACGUCAAGCUCUUCCUGUUCCAGUUGCUGAGAGGUCUGUCCUACAUCCACCAGAGGUACAUUCUUCACCGUGACCUGAAACCCCAAAACCUCCUCAUUAGCGACACUGGAGAGCUGAAACUCGCCGACUUUGGCCUGGCCAGGGCCAAGUCGGUCCCCAGCCAUACCUACUCCAACGAGGUGGUGACCCUGUGGUACCGGCCUCCAGAUGUCCUGCUGGGAUCCACAGACUACUCCACCUGCCUGGACAUGUGGGGAGUGGGCUGCAUUUUCAUUGAGAUGAUCCAAGGAGUGGCUGCAUUUCCUGGGAUGAAGGACAUCCAAGACCAGCUGGAGAGGAUAUUCCUGGUCCUUGGCACUCCCUCUGAGGAUAUGUGGCCUGGUGUUAACUCCCUGCCUCACUUUAAACCAGACCGCUUUACAGUGUACAGCGCAAAGAAGCUCAGACAAGCUUGGAAUAAGUUGGGCUAUGUGGACCAUGCUGAGGAGUUGGCCUCCAAGUUCCUCCAGUGCUUCCCAAAGAACCGGCUGUCAGCUCAGGCAGCACUGAACCAUGAAUACUUCAGCAACCUUCCUCCACGGCUCUGGGAGCUGCAGGACAUGUCUUCUAUCUUCACCGUACCAAAUGUCAAGCUGCAGACAGAGAGCGGGGACAGCAUACAGGUGUGUGCACGAAGGAACAGUCAUGGAAAGGCAUCCUCUGGCAGCAAACACUGACCUGAGGCAGCAUCCUGCACACGACUGCCUGACAGGUGGCUGUUGUGGAAAAGAAAAGACGAAGAGAGACGCUGACAUUGAGGAUCCAGAGACACGAAAGAGCCCCAGUUCUCUUUAUUUAUUACCUUCACGAUAUGUGUGUGUGUGUGCGCGCGGGUGUGGCUGUGCAUCAGGAAGAGGACGAGCAUAGAGCAUGUGUGCAUUCUGAUCGGUACCUAAGAUUUAAGGCUAUCAUUUGCAAAUUUUGUUUACUUUUUAUAAGGUUCCAAUAAUUCAUAUAUCAUUGUCUAAGUAUAAACAAAAGGACUUCACUCUUGGUACAUAUUGUGUUUUGUGUUUGUAACUAGCCUCCUAUUUAAGAAUGUAUAUUUGUAUGUAUGAUAUACUCAUCUAGAAACUAUAUAAUGGACAGUUUUAAUAUUGCUUCAUCUCGUCACCACUAUACUGCUCGUGCCAUUAAAUCCAUGCACACGAGCAUCUCUGAAACAGAAGUAAUGCAGUCCCUUCAAAGAAAACAACGAAUGCUAAAGUUUUUCAUUUCUGUUUAUCUCUCAUUUGUGGAAUUAUAGGAGAAAACCGUGAUAAUGACGUCAUAAUAAUGACGCUAUAAUAAUGACGUCAUAAUAAUGACGCUAUAAUAAUGACGCUAUAAUAAUGACGCUAUAAUAAUGACGUCAUAAUAAUGACGCUAUAAUAAUGACGUCAUAAUAAUGACGAUCUCAGAGGGCUUUCAGGUAGCCUACUCUGGCAGCCAUAUUGGAGGUCCUCGGUUCUUUUGUAGCUUAAACUGCACCUGCUUUAAAGCUUUAAUUUAUUAGUUAAUGGACUCACAACAAAGUAGCUAACAGCUUCAAACCCCAUGUAAAUACUAACACUCAAAUCUGGUAGGUAAUAGUAGAUAAGACUCUUUGUCAGAUGUUCGUCAUGCUGUGUGGGUUCAUGUUACAGGCUUACUUUGGUAGUUCUGACCAGGAUUUUCAUCACUUCUCUGAAUAUUCAUCUCACAGUACUGCAACAGGGUAAAACUGCUUUUACAUGAAAGGACACGGUUGAAAGAAGGAGGAGAUUAUCAUGGACCAGUGCUUAGACUGAAGUACGUAUGAGUUUUGGGAGCUUUUCAGCUCCAGUCCACUGUUCCUGUGACCUACCAAGGCUUUUAUCUGCAUACUUGACCCCAGGUUGUUCAAAUAGACACAAAUUUGACAUCAGAUGCCCUACCUGACACAUUUAUUCCUGACACUAGGAAAACUCCAGCUGUGACUCCUUGAUGCUGAAUUUGUGGCUCUUCUGAGUCUCAAACUGCAGAGCUGAGGCAAAUGUGUUAACCACUACACAAUGGUGUAAAAACCACUCGGCCAAAUGUCACGAACCCAGAAUUUGAACCAAAGACCAUAAAAUAACCUUUAAUAUUUGAUGUGGACCAACAUUUGGCUGAUGCUCAUUCGUUUCCAUGACCUCACUGCAGUCUCUCCUGCUACACUGGUUUGCAGCUGUUUAUCUGGACAAACCAACUAAUGGAGGAAAACAGCAUUAAUGAGAAUUACCUUUGGCUGGUUUCUCUGAACACAGUCCAGGUUUGUGCACUUUUAAACAUAAACCUGCCUAUUGCUGAAGCUCUGACAAAUCUAUUUUUAUUUGUAUCAUAUUAUCAGAGUUCAAAAAAGGACACUAAUGAGCAUGUGCAGAGGUAACAGCGAGCAGCUGAGAUGAAAAGGCCUUAGUAUGCGUCAGCUCGUACUGCCGACGUUUGGCUUCUCUCUUUUGAAUUGAAUCCAAGUAAGACAUGGAUUCUUGUAUUUGCAAUAAAAAGCUGGUGUUAUUAUGGGUGACCUGUCGUAUGUAAUUGCACUUUGAAAUGUGUAUGUGAGUAAUAUUCACUCAGAAUCCUCGAGAGUAAAGGCCAAAACUCCCAAAGUAAGGCCCCAUUUGUAGGAAAAUUCUAGCGGUUUGAUAUUUCCGUGGACCUCCACGAUGGAACCAGAUGGAACUGAUUGUGUUUCGCACCUUGAAAAGUCUCUCUCGUCCAAACGAUCUCUGCGGACGAUUUUGACAGUGUACACAACUCUACGGGGACGGCACCAACCGGUGUGCGCAUAGACGCAAUACUGUGUUUAACAACAGCUGGAUAAUGGAAAUGCAUGUGUGUGCUAGUGUGUGUGAGUGUAUUAAACAUGGGCAAUAGCAAAGCACUGGUGCUUCCAUCCAUGUAUAUGAGCUAAUGUAGAAAAGGCACAGGCAGCGUGGCCUGUUAUCUGAUCCUGCCCUCGACAAUCCUCCUUUUCACUUUUACUGUUACUAACAAAGAAUCUGCAAUAUCCUCUCGGACACAGACGAUCUGAGUCACCGAGUUAUUUUUAAGCUUCUACGUUACAGAUCUGGAAUUUCUUUUCUCUGAAAAAUUUGAAUGACUGAUUUGUAGUGUGUGUGUGUGUGUGUGUGUGUGUGUGUGUGUGUGGAGUAGAUACACAUAGUAGGAGGUGGUGAUUAACUCUGAUCAGUCCCUAUAACACCAACAUGUGCUCUCAAGCAGAGACAUUCCCAAACUGUGUGCCCGUGCUUUGGAACAUUUUAUGACACAGCGAUGAAGGUGAGCUGUAUGCUGUCAUCUGCAAAGAUCUUCUACUGGGUUUUUGUCUUUCUUUUGUUGUUUUGUGUGCAAAUAUCUGAAUAUUUCAGCUUAGAUGUGUGGUGAUGAUGUGAAGUGCUACCGAUACAAUGGCUUCCUCUUUACCAGUCCGUUUGAAAGCGACUGAAACAAUAAUAUUGGCCCUGCACUGUUGAUUAGCCAAAAAUCUGAAGCCAUGGACGAAUGGAAACCGUGGAUGCUUCUAAUGUGACUCCACAGCCUCUCAAACACACAUAAUAGAGAUGUCUUGCCUGCCAGAUUAUUUCUUCACAGCCAUCUAGACCUGGCAUCUAGAAAACCCUGCAACCCCUACGUGCACUCUCUCGGCUGAUUUUGCAGACUGUUUUCAUGUCUUUCUUCCAUACAGUGCUUACAUAAUUUAAUAAUCCCUCUUCUUUAUGCCAACCAUGUGGUGAACCAAAGCUCAGCUGUAGCUAGCAUGAAGCUUUUCCAGUUGGCUACUUCAGUUAUUACAGUACGUACGGCUGUGGGCCACUGGUUUGGAAUGCCUGUGUUCUUCUGUUAUGCACUGGCUUUGCCCUUAAUGAUUAAUAUAUGAAUAUAAGUAUAUAUAUACCCUUGCUUUGCUCAAACCAGCCUUCCUCACAAAUGUAAAUAUUGUCCCUUGGUUUUAACUUUUAUUGCAGAUAGGGGAGAACUCGUGGAAGUGCUGUACUCUGAGUUAUCUCGCGGCUUUUCAGUGUCAUCCCCGGGCUGUGAUUGUGCGGCACGAAAAAAGGGGAGGCAAGGCGGUGGGUAAUGCCAGUAAAGCAGCGUGACAGAGGAGGGUUAAUACCAUCGAGCUGUGCUAAGAUUGCCCAGCCUCGCUUGGCUUUAAGGGAUUGCAGGCAGUAUUAGCAGCUGAAUAAUUAUUUUUGCUAUGUUUCUCCUUGUGUGCACACUUUCAGUGUGGCUCAUAUUCAUUCAUUCAGCCCAACCCCCACGCCCCAAUGCUCUUCUUUUAGGCUCGAGAGCCUGGAGUCUUGUAAAAAACGUAUAUUUUUGAGUCCUGUGCAGGCAGAGUUCAAGCUCUGUUUUAACUUGAAUGUGCUUCAUAUCUUUCACGUAGAGCCCAGUGAAGGAACGACUAGUCGGAAUUGCACAUUUAGCACUGUGACAGAGAAGAAAGAGAGAUUGAUAACGUAGUGCUUUUUCAUCGUCGCUGGAGUGAAAAAGUGACGCUUCCACUAUGUUUGUAUACAGGGUUACAAGUGUCCCCUUAAUGCUGUUAAAGAGACGUCAUAUAUGACUGUACAUAUAUGAUGAGUAUAAAUAUAAGGCAUCUAUUUUUGACAGUCUUUGUGGUGUGGGCAGAAGUCGUACGAAUAGGAAAAACAUAUAGGUUGGAGCCAACGUGCAUCCUCGCCGUGCUCAACGAUGAGUCUGUGUUUGCAACUUUUUUCUGUAAAGCUUCUCUUCACGUUUGGAUUUUUCUUUUUGUAUGCUGCACUGAAAAUACGUCAUUUUCACAAGUGGUUUGGAAAACAGAAGUGUCAGUCACUUCAUCCAGUGAAAUAUUAUAGUAUACAGUAGAGUAGCUGUUGCAUUAUUUGUUACGAGCUGUAUGUAAUGUUAUUAUGGAAGAUGUAAUGUCCUUCUGUAAAUGUUGUUUAAUGUUUUACCUGAAAUAAAAAUUUAUUAAUGCUUCA